UACUCCUGAGUUGUUUAACCAAAGCUAGAAAAACAACACAAGAUCCUAGUCUAUAUGUAUAGUUUAGAACGAUGAGAGCCUUGCUAAAACAAGAGCACGUAUAAACUUAUCAGCGGAUAAAAAAAAUUGUCUUUAAAUCUACAAUCGGCGAAACAUGAUGUCUUCUUGUGAUGGAGAUAACCAAAGCAUGGAGGAAGAUGGUGACUUGCUGGACAGUGCAGGUGGAGGUGAUGCAUGUGACCUUCCCGCUCUCAAGAAAGAUGACAGCGGAGUGACACUGGACAGCAUUCUGUCAAACAAGUCAGAUGAGACAGAAAUCAUCAACUCCAGUCCUCACUUAACUCACCCUUCAGUUAGAGAUGAGUCAGGGUGGCUGGAUGAUAUUGCUGUACCCAAGUCAGAUGAUGAUAAAGAUUCCUUCAGCAAGAAGGAGGAUAUGCAUGUUGAUACCUGUGAUGCAACUGACAGUAAAUUAUUUCCGGAAAUUCCAGAUGGAGCAGGUGUUGGUGGGGAUGUACUUCUGAAUCUGGAUACUGAGAUAGAAAUGAACAACCCGGUUAAUGUCUCAGCAGGUUCUUAUUAUGUUGGGACAGUCACAUCCAGCUACUCCAGCAGUAGCUCACCCUGCACCAAAAGAGUCAUAGCUGAAGAUGAAGACUCACCCAAGCCCAAACGUCCAACACCUGAUAGGUCAGAGGCUGCGUCAGAAUCGGAAGAGGUGAGAAAUGAAACAGAGAUGAAAUCCUCAUCUCCUGAUCAUGCCUCUGAUUCACAAGACAGUGAUGAUGACAGCAGCCCUCUGACAGCAGCGCGUAAACGUCUUAUUAAACGUAGAAACCUUCGCAGGCUAUUCCGUCCGCGCAGACAUAGCUCAGACGAUUCAGAUGACUCGUUUGAUGCUGAUGAUGAUGAUGACGCAGAUGGGAAUGAUGCCAAUAAUCCUUAUGGGGAUGAAAUGAAUGAUGAAAUAAGAACUGCAGUGAGUUCUGUUUUAGAGAAACCGUCUCCCACACCUAACUGGUAUGCUGUGAGUGAACUCAGGAAGAGGGAGUAUGGUUAUGUUUCAUCAUGUGGAUCUGGCUGUUUCAUGGGAAAGUUACAAGGCAGUCUGCAGAUGGUGAAGCGACUAGUUAGAGUGGAAAGCAUGAAGGGACACGAAGGAUGUGUUAAUGCUCUCAGUUUCAACAGAAUAGGUACACUGCUGGCGAGCGGUUCAGAUGAUUUAAACAUUGUCUUGUGGAACUGGCAAAGGGCAAGACCAUCUCUUAUUUACGACAGCGGCCACCGUAGUAAUGUCUUUCAGGCCAAAUUUGUACCAUACAGUGGAGACUGUCAUGUCAUCAGUUGUGCAAGGGACGGGCAAGUGAGGCUAGCAGAGCUCUCUUUAACUGGCGUUUGCAAAGCUACACGCAAACUAGCUCAGCAUAGAGGUGCUGCACAUAAGCUUGCGCUGGAGCUUGACUCCGCCAAUGUUUUCCUCAGCUGUGGAGAGGACGCCUUAACCUAUCUUUUUGAUCUCAGACAGGAGAAACCCCACAAGCUAGUAACAACCAAAGAAAAUGAGAAGAAAGUUCCGUUGUAUUCAAUCCACUCAAACCCGUGUGACUCAAGACAGUUUUGUGUUGGCGGGCGAGAUCAUUAUAUCAGGGUAUAUGAUAAGCGGAAAAUUAAUGAGGAUAUUGAUGGUGGUGUUUUGAAAAAGUUCUGUCCUGAUCACUUAAUAAACAGUGAUGUUAAAGCUAAUGUGACCUGUGCUUGUUACAACUAUAAUGGAACAGAGAUUUUGGGCUCGUAUAAUGAUGAGGAUAUUUAUCUGUUUGAUAACACUAUGUCUGAUGGAGCUAAUUAUGUACACAAAUACAAUGGACAUAGAAACAAUGCAACAGUGAAAGGUGUAAAUUUUUAUGGUCCAAAGUCUGAGUUUAUUGUCAGUGGAAGUGAUUGUGGUUAUGUUUUUUUCUGGGACAAGCAAACUGAGGCUAUCAUCAACUUCCAAGAAGGAGAUGAAGCUGGGGUGAUCAAUGUUCUUGAACCACACCCUACCCUCCCUGUACUGGCAACUAGUGGCUUGGAUCACGAUGUCAAGCUGUGGAUGCCAUCACAGGCUGAACCAGAAGUGGAUCAAUAUCGACUUAAAAAGUUAAUCGAGAAAAACUUUGUUGAGAGGAGCCAGGAGAGGAAAACCUCAGAGCCUGAGAUGAUUGGUGGUCAGAUGUUGUGGUUCAUCAUGCAUCAUUUCAGGAACUCUGCACGCAGAAGGAUGAGAGAGGAAGGCCAGGUACUCUCCAGUUCAGACGACAACAGCAGUCACUCAGACGAUUCAGACACAAAUGAGGUGCAGUGUGCCCAGUCCUAGUUCACCCAGGUUACACCCUUGUAAGAGGGAGGAACUGGCACAUCAAAAAACAAAAAUUUUAACUGCUGAAAACCGUAUGAUACUGGGCUAAUAAAAUGUUGAACUUUUUGCCAGUUUAGUUUCAAUGGGAUUGAGAUAAUUCAAUAUUUCUGUGGAAUGUUGGAAGAGAUGAACUCCUUGGCCCUAUUUGUUGGUUCAGUAGUUGCAUAGGUCAGAUCACUAGUCACCUGGCCUGCUUUGCAUGCAAUGUACAGUUGAUGAACUUUUAAAAAUGCUUAUUUAUUUUUCUUUGUAUGUGUGGGAUGUUUGUGGUUCUUAAUUUUAGGUGGAAGGCAUUAGUUGUUGAUUUGAAAGCUGAACUGAAAUGAAAAAAAAAAAUGUAUAUAAAAAUUUAAACCCUCUCUCUAAUAAUGAUUAUCUGUGACCAUUUAAAUUUAAAACAAAUUAAAAUCCCUGUUUAUAAAUAAUUCUGCUUAAAAUACGUAGGUGUUCACAUUGAGGUGUAUUUUCCAUCUGGUAUUUUAAACUGUUGAGUUUACACAGCACAUAAACUGCAUAUGGAGACCCACUAAGUGACACUUCCUUAACCACACCUAAUGAAUGCAUGCAUUGUUUGAGCAGGAUCCAUUCAUUUUUUUAAUUAUUAAAUAUAAUACCAAAUAUUGUUUCAGUCCAUUAAUAGUCUUAACUUUAAAAAUUUAAUAUGAAACUGUAAUGCAUUUGUUUUGUAACCCAAGGUAAUUAGUAAUUUAUAAAUAAAUGAUAAAAAUGAUUAAUUUAUAAAUAAAUGAAAAAAAUUAUGAUAA